AUCAGAACAUCUCAAGAAACACCAGCGGAAACCCACAGGGAAGAAAUCUCACUGCUGCUCUGACUGUGGGAAGAUAUUCAACUCUUCAACAGCCCUUAAAAGACAUAUGAGAAUCCAUACAGGAGAGAAACCGUAUAGCUGUAAUCAAUGUGGGAAGAGUUUUACUUACGCAAGCUGCCUGAAGGUACAUUUGAGAACACACACAGGAGAGAAACCUUAUAGCUGCGAUCAAUGUGGGAAGAAUUUUACUUCAUCUACCAGUCUGACUAUCCACCAGAGAACACACACAGGAGAGAAACUAUAUAGCUGCGAUCAAUGUGGGAAAAGUUUUACUUACUCAAGCAACAUGAAGGUACAUUUCAGAACAGAAUCACACCAGAGAACACACACAGGAGAGAAGCCUUAUAGCUGUGAUCAAUGUGGGAAUAGUUUUAGUCAAUCAAGCAACCUGAUGGUACAUUUGAGAAUGCACACAGGAGAGAAGCCUUAUAGCUGUGAUCAAUGUGGGAAGAGUUUUAGUCGAUCAAGCAGCCUGAUGAUACAUUUGAGAACACACACAGGAGAGAAACCUUAUAGCUGUGAUCAAUGUGGGAAUAGUUUUAGUCGAUCAAGCAACCUGAUGGUACAUUUGAGAACACACACUGGAGAGAAACCUUAUAGCUGUGAUCAAUGUGGCAAGAGAUACGCUGCUAAAAGAACUCUGAUUAAACAUCAGAAAGUACAUACAUGAAGGAGUUGUUUCAUGAUAUCAAUUAAAUAAUGUCACAAUGUUUUAA